AUGAAAAUGCUGGUGUCAAAAAAACGUAGUCGGAAAGUGGAGUUAUCACUACCAAUACUUCAUCAAUCAGAUGUCAAGAGCACUCGCUGGUUGAAAAGUGAUGUGGUCGAGAAGAUGCGCGGUCAGCUGUUGGAAAUUGAACCACGUUCGCUUUCACAUCUGAGUCCCCAGGAAUUGUUUCUGAGCGUAGUUUUGGAAUGGCAGGGCAUGAGUGGGGACAUAUCAGACCAUUUUGGUGGCUACACGACGAAUAGCCUUGACAACGCAGAAAAUAAGGCUGCGUCUCUCGAGCUUUCGUCGAAGAAAGCCAAUGAUGCGAUUGAGAAGAGACACACGAAUGUGAAGAACCUAUCACACAAUAUGAAACCACUGCGCGCUAAUUACAUGACAGAGCCUGUUAAAAUGAUCGGCAUUUAUACUCCUACAGCGCGUCGCGAGUUACUGCAAAAGUACAUGGUCAAGCGCGCACGCAGAUUGUCCCAGCAUAAAGUACGCUAUGGUGUGCGCAAGGAACUAGCAAAUGCGCGCCCACGCGUCAAAGGCCGCUUUAUCAAAACUCAACAGCCUCUUACGACUGCCACUGCGGAAAUACAGAAGAUAUAG